GCCAGUAGCCGUGUGGCGGCGACCAUGAUGGACCCAGAGCCAGUGGGCCGUGGGGAAGGAGAAGUCUCAGCAUCUGGAGCUGCGGCCGCCGCCUCAUUCAGGGAACCGGCGCGGCAGAUGAGUAACGAGAGAGGCUUUGACAAUGUAGAACUGGGAGUCAUAGGAAAAAAGAAGAAAGUCCCAAGGAGAGUCAUCCACUUUGUUAGUGGUGAAACAAUGGAAGAAUACAGCACAGAUGAAGAUGAAGUCGAUGGCCUGGAGAAGAAAGAUGUUUUGCCAACUGUUGAUCUGACAAAACUUACCUGGGGUCCCUAUUUAUGGUUUUACAUGCUUCGGGCUGCCACAUCAACCCUCUCAGUGUGUGACUUCCUUGGAGAGAAGAUUGCAUCUGUUUUGGGCAUCAGCACCCCAAAGUACCAAUAUGCCAUUGAUGAGUAUUACCGGAUGAAGAAGGAGGAAGAAGAGGAGGAGGAAGAAAACAGGAUGUCUGAAGACGCAGAAAGACAAUACCAGCAAAAUAAACUGCAGACUGAUUCCAUUGUUCAGACAGAUCAACCAGAAACAGUGGUAUCCAGUUCAUUUGUGAAUCUCAAUUUUGAAAUGGAGGGAGACAGUGAAGUAAUUAUGGAAAGCAAACAAAAUCCAGUCUCUGUCCCACCGUAGAAUGAAAUGACUAUCAAACUUCAAA